CAAUCAAUUUCAUGGAAUCCAAACAAGAUGGUUAUUUAGCUAGUGUGUGCAUCUACAAAGAGCUUAUUGAGUUGAUUCAAGCUAAACAAGAUCAAGAAAACAAAGCACAACAAGAGAAGAGAAUCCAGUGGCUGAGAUCCCAAGUGAUUGGAAGCCAUGCAGAGUUUGACACUCCAUUUGGCAAAAGAAUGCUCACUUAUGCUGAUCACACAGCAACUGGAAGAUGUUUGCUCUACAUUGAAGAUUUCAUCCUCCGCAAAGUCCUUCCUUUUUAUGGAAAUACUCACACAAGUGAUAGCUUUGUGGGGAGCAAUACAACAAAGAUGGUGCAAGAAGGGAUGAUGUACAUCAAGAAAUGCAUGGGAGCCGGCCAAGAUGAUGCUCUCAUCUUCUCUGGCGCCGGCGCCACUGCAGGGAUUAAAAGGCUUCAAGAAGUGAUGGGAGUGGCCAUCCCUUCUACUAUGAGAGAGAAGGUGGUGAAAAAGUUAAGGGAUGAAGAGAGAUGGGUGGUCUUUGUUGGUCCUUAUGAGCACCACUCCAAUUUGCUUUCAUGGAGGCAGAGCACUGUGGAAGUUGUGGAGAUUGGUGCAGAUGAUGAUGGACUCAUUGACAUUGGAGCACUGAAACAAGAGCUCAUGUCUUCUAAGUAUGCAAAGCGUCCCAUGUUGGGCUCCUUCUCUGCUUGUUCUAAUGUUACUGGAAUUCUGACUAAUACUAGAGCCUUGGCUAGGCUUCUCCAUAAACAUGGAGCUUUUGCUUGCUUUGAUUUUGCAACCAGUGGUCCAUAUGUGGAAUUGGAUAUGAAGCCUGGAGAAGAAGAUGGAUAUGAUGCUGUAUUCCUUAGCCCACACAAGUUCAUUGGAGGACCUGGUUCUCCAGGCAUGCUACUCAUUAACAAAGCUCUUUACAAGCUUAAAUCCUCACCUCCUUCAACUUGUGGAGGUGGUACUGUUAACUAUGUCAAUGGUUUCAAUGAACAAGACACUCUCUACAAUGAAGAUAUAGAAGAGAGAGAACAUGCAGGAACUCCACCCAUCAUUCAAACAAUCAAAGCAGCAAUGGCUUUCUGGGUGAAAAAUUUCAUUGGCUUUCAACUCAUUAGUUUUCAUGAAACCAUCUACACUGAAUUGGCACUCAAUGUACUUCUCUCUAAUCCUAACAUUCGCAUACUUGGAAACAAUAAAGUCAAGAGAUUACCCAUCAUCUCUUUUCUUGUCUUCCCUUCAAGCAGUACUGUUAAUGGAGAAAAGCCCCUUCACUGCCGUUUUGUAGCUAAACUACUCAAUGAUCUCUUUGGGAUUCAAGGUAGGGGUGGGUGUGCUUGUGCUGGUCCUUAUGGUCAUCGUCUACUUGGUAUUGAUGAGAAGCUCUCUCUUGCCCUUAGAUCUGCCAUCCAAAAGGGAUAUAGUGGUUUGAAGCCAGGGUGGACAAGGAUUAGCUUCUCCUACUACAUGUCUAGAGAAGAGUGGGCAUUUGUUCUUGCUUCUAUUGAGUUCAUAGCUAGUUAUGGCCAUCUUUUUCUUCCACUUUAUGAGUUUGAUUGGAUCACUGGAGAUUGGACAUUCAAGAAAAGAAUGAAGAAACUUGAGGGAUUUGUUGAAUUAAGGGCAAUCAAUAGUAGUAGUACUACUAAUGGAGAGAGAAAAGAUAGGGAUGUGUUCAUGAAGUACUUGUUUGCUGCUGAAGACUUUGCCCUCUCUCUUUCCGGAGAUAUUUGUCCUGGGUUUGUCCCUGCAGAUAUUGACCCAAGUCUCAUUCUUUUUAGAAUUUAAUCUCAAUGUUUUGUAAUUUGUCAGAGAUUUUUCACUUUUAGUUUUUGUAUUGUUUAAUUCAUUUUAUGUAAUCAAAUGUAGGCACGAGAA